AUGCUUCAAGAAUUUUUGCUCAAGACUUCUUCUCGUAAUAGACUUCAGCAUCAUAUCUACUUUGAUAACUUAUUUUCUUCUCCUGACCUGUUAGUGCAUCUGAAAUAUCAAAAUCUGCGAGCGACCGGCACUGUAAGAAAAGAUAGGUUUGAAGUGUCUAACGAAAUUGAUGCGAAAGCUCGUAGAGGAACAUCCAAAGUAAAGCAUGAUAUCAAUAGUGGUACUAAUUUUGUCACAGUUAUGGAUUCCAAAGCAGUUUCGAUUCUUUCUUCAGCUGCUGGCGUCACCCCUACUUCGAACGUAUCACGUUAUGAUAAGGAAGCCAAGGGAAAAGCUGCAAUACGUUUUCCAAAUGCGUUCAAGGUUUAUAACAAUUUGAUGGGUGGAGUCGACCUACACGAUUAA